UUUACUUGUCAAACAGCUGGUAAAUGUAGUCCAGAACAAAAACUAUGAAGUGGAAAUGACAAUAACAUUUGGCCGAUCUCGCAAAUAUGCUAGUCAAUUACCUUAAUUUUGGACACUUUACAAGAGAGUUAGUCAAUGUGUCAUCUCAAGGCUGGGGUUAACUAAGCUAUCAGUUCUAAAUUCAUACAUAAAUAUUGUUAUCCGGCAUAAAAUGAUCGACAACUCUGACACAUUUCAUGUGCUGGAACAUGUACUCUCAUAUCAUCUUCUAUCGCUGGUGGUUAUUUCACGUUAACAUUUGUAGAUAACAUUUAGUAGAGACGCGUGUGUGUGUUUGAAUUUAAUUAGUAUGCAGAAAAGACCCGAAUACGAAAAAAGUGAAGAUCAAAGUAGACGUAAAACUAGUGGAAGAAGCAUGCACACGUCUGGAAGACCAGGCCCACCAGGCUCCAGCAAUUCUGGGGUUCUUAUGGUUGGACCAAACUUUAGAGUUGGCAAGAAAAUAGGGCAUGGCAACUUUGGCGAAAUACGCCUUGGGAAGAAUCUGUACAAUAAUGAACAUGUGGCCAUAAAAUUGGAGUCUAUGAAGUCUAGAGCUCCACAACUUCACUUAGAAUACAGAUUUUAUAAACAGCUUGGUCAAGCAGAGGGGAUACCAAAUGUGUAUUAUUUUGGACCAUGUGGGAAGUAUAAUGCCCUGGUAUUAGAGUUACUAGGACCUAGUCUAGAAGAUCUGUUUGAUCUCUGUGACAGAAAAUUUUCUCUUAAGACUGUCUUGAUGAUAGCUAUACAACUGCUCACAAGAAUGGAAUUUGUGCAUUCUAAACAUUUAAUAUAUAGGGAUGUAAAACCAGAAAAUUUUUGUAUAGGAAGACAGUCUACGAAGAAACAGCAUAUUAUUCAUAUAAUUGACUUUGGUCUUGCAAAGGAAUAUAUAGACCCUGAAACACAUAAACAUAUUCCAUAUAGGGAGCAUAAAAGUCUCACAGGAACGGCCAGAUACAUGAGUAUAAAUACUCAUUUAGGCAAAGAACAAAGUAGACGAGAUGAUUUAGAAGCAUUAGGUCACAUGUUUAUGUACUUCCUGAGAGGAAGUUUACCGUGGCAAGGAUUGAAAGCUGAUACACUCAAAGAGAGGUAUCAGAAAAUUGGGGAUACAAAGAGAGCAACCCCAAUAGAAGUUUUAUGUGAAAACUUUCCAGAUGAACUUGCCACAUAUUUAAGAUAUGUACGACGGUUGGAUUUUUUUGAAACGCCAGAUUAUGAUUACUUGCGGAAGUUGUUCACCGACCUAAUGGAAAAAAUGAAUUAUAAUUUAGAUUGGGAAUAUGAUUGGACUGGAAGACAGCCAACCCCAUCAGACACAUCAGCACCAAAAGAAGAACCUGCUAAGGUGAGGCCAAACAAGACAAAUACAUAUCAAUCUGGUAACGCAUGGGGUGAACCCCGGCACACCGGAAAUUAUCUGGGUGCCAACCUUGCUGCCGAUAGACUAGGGGGAUCUGUACAGAUUCCAGAAAAACGAGACUUACGAAUGAGAAAUCAGGUGGUGAACUCAACAAAUGGAGACCUUGCCCCUGAUGACCCUACAGGUGCUCAAUCUAACACACCUUUCAACAACCAGGGACAGAGAGAUGAAGAUCAAAGUGAAACAAAGUGCUGCUUCUUCAGACGGAGAAAGAAAAAGAAGAGUCGACGAUAAAGACAUACAUAAACAAACAAACAUGGCUGUCCAUGACUUAUAUAAAUGCUGACAGAGAUCUGUAUCAUUGUGAUAAACUCAAGCUUUACUGUCAAUCAUAUUGUUGUUCAGCAUUUUAUAGUGCUUAUCAUUUAUUUUCUCUUAUUAUUGAAACAUAAGACCACACUUAAGGGGUUUUGGGUAGUAAUAAAGUGUUUUUGCCACAUAUUAAUUUUGAUUAUUGAUACAUUAUUUCAAAAUGUUACAGCUUGUAUGCAGAUAGCACUUAUAGCUCUUUUUAUAUUGAAAGUUUGAUGUGUGAUAUGGAUUUUAAGAGUUUAUUAAAAUUACAUAGAAGAAAGUUUCAGUUGUAAAUGUUUUUUUAUCAAAAUGGCUGAAAAAUUACAAGCUGUCUCUUACAGAAUUCAUUAAUCACCAUUAAGGCUGUUACAUGAAAGCCUCAAAAAAUGAAGUUCAGCCUUUUGAAUUUCCUCUUUUCUCAUGUAUGCAGUUACUUCCUUUCAUUACGGAAUUGUUUCCUUUGUUUUUGGGUGGAGAACAUGUUUUACAAUGUGUAUUUUCUGCGAAGGUAUUUAAUUCUGUAUUUUAAAUUCACAAUUUCAAUGAUGAUAUUUUUUUUUUUAAUUACAGGCAGAUUUUUUUAAAUAUAUUAUUUAACUUAUCCUCUAGGGAAAUAACUGCUACUGCUUGACAGGGUUGUAACUUAUGUAAUGAGAAAAGAGGGAGUUAAAAGUCAAGUAAAGCUUGGGAACAUUAUUCAUUUCAUUGCUCAUUAUACAAUUUCUUGAUGGGCUAUGAAACAAAUAUGCAGAAAUUUUUACUAUUGAUAUAUUAUAAACAUAUAUGUAGGUAAACUUUUUUGUUAUUAGUGUUAAGAAAUUCCCCCAAAAUACUAUAAAAUGUCAGAAAUAAAAAAAGACUGCUUUUAUUGUAUCUCUUUGAUACAGAUGCUGUUGUUUCACAAACAAGAAAAAAGUAAAAAAGAGAGGAGUAAAAAGUCGCAAAUGACACAUGGGCCUGGACCAAGAAAUAGAUACAGUUCCAUUGUAUUGUGAAGAGGAUGUACCAACAUUUGACACUGGACAUCCAACCAUCAUUACACUCCAGGGAAUAGCUAAUCAUUCUUACUUGUAAUGCUCAAAACUUGUGGUUGCAGUUUUGCUACCUCACUGAAAACUUUUAAUUAAAGCAUUUAUCAGCUUAUCUUCUUUUAAUGGGGUGUGAUUUUGUUAUGUGUGACCUUGUAAGCUCACAUCAGAUCCGAUUAUGUACAAAGCGUGAUUGAUAUUUUUUUCACAGAAUAAAGUGCUAAUCAAACAUUAAAUCAUUAAGACUUUAAAUAUUCAGUGCUUUAAAUCCUAUUUGAAAUGAAAGAUUUAAUGAAUAGAUUUCAGUAAAAUUUUCUAAGGUUGUCAAUGUUACAAAUUUUGAAGAUUUUGUACAAUUUUGAAACUAGUUAAAAGCUUUUUUAAAAUGAUUGGGAGCAUUGAUAGGAAGUUCAUUUUCACAAUUUUUCCAAUACAAGGACCACACUUUAAAGGAACUAGUUCUCAUCAGCACUAAAAAUUGAUCUAGAAACAUAUCUUUACAAUGAGUUGGUGACUUUAGAUAUUAUACAAUUGAAAUAAAUUGAAGUUUUGUUGUAUUGAUAUAAAAAGGGGGCCAUGAUGUAUUGAUGUAGAAUGUUCCAAAAGUUUCAAAAAUCAAAUUUAAAAAAAAAAAGUUUGUGCCAAUAUCAUUAGAAUAUCUCAUCUUUAAUUAAAAGUAUGUGUGGACAGCCAUUAUAGAACUGUAGUAUUUCUUGAUCCAUGGCCAUACAAUUGGACAUUUAUAGUCAUUCCGUAUUAAAUGAUCCGUGUUGUACUUACACAUUUUUACUAUUUUGAAAGUUUGUAUAGAAUGUUUUUUCAUCAAGACUAUGUAAGAAAAAUGUUUAAAGCAUUUACAGGAGUGGACACAUGGUGGGAAUAGGUCACCUUCAUACAUCUGAGUUAGACACUAUCAUUAACCAACAUUAUAUCAGAAGACCAUUCAUUUACCAGUAAGAUAAAAAGACUUGAAGUUGACAAACUUUUUCAAAUGAAAUUUCAAUAAUUUUUUGAAUGUUAGUGAAGUGUAAGGAAGACAAUAAUUUUGUUAUCAGCUGGGUCAUACUUUGAAAUUAUUUCCACAUUUCAUCAAUUUUGUGAAUCAUAUGGUAGAUGAAUCUACUAUCUUUUAUUAUUCUCUUUUACUUUAGUUGUGCCUUCUGUUUCUAACACAAAAAUAUAUACAUUUUAACAGUUUAAAUGUUAUUCUUUGAAGUCUUCAUAGUCCUGCAUGAUUAGAGUUGUAUUUAGAAGAUCAUAUUUUGUUAAAAAAAAGUUUUUGUAACCUAAUAAACAAUUUUGACUGCUGUUGUUCUAUUGAAAAUUGAUAAGAUAAACUUAUGAUAUAAUCUUUCCUGUUAUAAGCCAUGUGUUUACUUCUGUAAACUUAAUGGAAAGUUCCAAGAACACUAAGAAAGUGGAUGUUUUGAUAACAUAGAAUGCAAGUAUCAAGCAUAGCUUCUUCAGAGUGCAUGAAUGUAAAAUAUGUCAUAUAUAUUUUUUGGUGAAUGCAUGAAAAUAGCAACUCUCAGUGAGAAGUAUGUGUGAAGUUUUACUUAAAUAAAAAAAAAACAUUUUUAUUGAGUUGUAACUUAAGCCUGUACCUUUUUCAUUGUUUUAGAUAUUUUCAUAAUUUUUUUUCGAAAUGAAAAUGUGUACCAUAGAGAUAAAGAGAUUUGAGCAAUGAUUGGAGUAUUUGGUGUUGAAGCGAGCCUAGGUGUCACUAAUGUAUAAAUAUUCUGAAGAAAAAAUUUUAACAUACUGCAAUCUAUUGAAUAUUUGUUAUGGAAGUUGAUAUGAUUGUUAAAUUUUAUGUCUUAUUAGCAGCUAUUUAUGGAUCUCAUAUUAUUCCAUUAAUUACGCUACUUGUCUAUAUAUGUGAUGUUAUAACAUGUUGAUUGAAAGCACGAUUAAUAAUGUAUUGCAAAGUUUUUUUAUGUUAUACUAUUUUUACAGUAAAAUAAUUGAACUACAAAAUGUCAGAUUUCUAAUAUUUGACUCAGAUGUAUUAUAAAUGAAGAAUAUAUAUUUAGCAGAUAAAAACUAAUAACAGCAGCCUAAGGAGAAUUUGUAUUGUUCUUAUUUAGUGCAAUGGUUUGCUUUUGUGUUUUUCUGGUCCUUCCACUGGCAUUCUGUAGAUCCAGUUUAACAGAUUUUUGUUUGUCAAAGUUAUUUUAUAACCUCUUCAAUAAGAUGACAAUCAAAGAAAGAUGAAAUGAACUGUCCACUUUAUUAUAUUUCCAUCAUUGUUAAUGGAAUAAUUCAUGCACUGGAAAUAUAAUUCAACUCUCUCAUCAUUUGAAAAUUUAUUUACAAAAUACUUAAUCUCGAUGUAAAAGUUAAAGAAUGUUCUUUGCCAUAUUAAGAUAUGUAAAAGUAUGAUUGCGUUGAUGUAGUUUGGAUGGUGAAUGGUGGACGUACAACUGAAAUUGUAAUUUAUAUUGUUUGUUGAUGCCGUAGAAUCUCUGUUUCAGUGAAGGCUGACACAGAUUAACUUUGGUGCAAUACAUAAUAGUGUUUUUGUUGGACACACAUGUAAGGAAGGUGUGUACUGUGACCAAAUAUUGGAAUCGUGACUGUCAAUGAAUAUCAUAUUUCUUUUGUUACAAAUGAUUUAAAUCUAUAAUGUAGAUAAGUGAUAUAUAUCAACUCAUGUUUAAGGAAGCCUAAUUUUCCAGCAAAAUCUGUUUCUUUUAAAAAAAAAACUGUUAUUUUGAUUACACAUUUUCUGCCUAACUUUUCAUUUGCAGAUGGAAACAUUCCUUAGAUAAAAGUUUUAAUUAAUCUUUACUUUUUUAUCUUGGCCAUUUUAAAUGUGAAAUGCUACAACAUUGCUAUUUUAAUAUCAUUUAUAUUCUUUUUUGUGGUUUAUAAAAAUACAUUUUGUAGUGUCUAAAAUGUUUGUAUUUAUUAACACUGUUUACUUCAUAAUGCAUUUAUAUUAGAUUUUCAGUAAAAUGUCGCUGACCAUUUUAAUAAAUAUUGAUUUUGUUGAUUACGAUGUUACUCUGUGGAUCAAAUUUGUAAAAUUGAAACAAAUUAAAGGCAAACCAGAAAUUAAACAACCAAGUUUCUAUAGGGUUUCUCUUUGCUGCAUAAUUUUAUGAGCAUUUUGAACUUUGCUACAAGGAAUGCAAUUUUAUAGCAUAAUAUAGUAUAUGUUUUCAUAGAAGAGGUCUGUUAUCUUUAGAUGCUUCAAAUGAUGUUGAAAUAAGGAACAUAUAAAAUCUUCAUCAGAAAAGGGGGGAUUUAUGGUUUGUUUAUAACUAAGCAGAGCCUCUAAUAAAUAAGAAAUGAACAUUUUAGUAAACAGUCAAUGAAGAUCAAGAUUUAUGCACCCAAUAUAACCUCCAUUUGAUUAAUUGUGAACAUAUGUUGAGAUUUCUGACCUUACCAGACUGUUAAAGACCGAAAAAGCUAACAUAAUUAUGGAUAAAAUCAAUGAUAUAAAGUGUCAGUCAUCUGUCAAUUUUCUGAUAGGUUUUAAAUUUUUAUUGAAAGCCAUUCAUUAAAGCUGCAAAUAGUUACACAAUGAUGAUUUUUUUGCUUCAUAUAAAUGUAUGAAAGAGAUGUUUUAUAAUUUGAACACUGAUUGAUCAGUGUUCAACUAUUGUCUGUAUAGAUGCAUUAAGACCAUAUUGCUUUCCAUUUAAUUGAUCAUCGAAUGGUUGACAUUCAUAUAAUAUUGUUAUACAUUUGGUGAAUUGUUUAUCAAGUGAUUUUAGUAUUAUGUUUAUUUCAUUUGUGUACAGUUGAUGAUUUGUGCAUACAACAAUUUAAAAAAAACAUUACAUUUUAGGAUAAUUCUUAGAGAUGCUGUGCUCUUCAUGAAAAUAAAAUCAUAUUUCUUAUAAAA